AUGACAACAAAUAAUAGCAAUGAUAAUAACAAAAGAUAUGGGAUAAUAAAACAGCAAUUACAGCAGCAGCAACAACAACAUCAUCAACAACAUGAACAACAUAGUAGAUUAGUUGAAAUGACAGCAGGAUGCGGAGCAGGAUUUAUGGCAUCAUUAUUUACAACACCACUUGAUGUAAUUAAAACGACACUGCAAGUUGAUAAUAGUAGUAAUAAAACCAUAAUGAGUACAGUUAAAUCAAUAUUGGAUAGAAAAGGUGGUGUAAAAAAUCUAUAUCUAGGAUUAAAGCCUACUUUGGUCGGUCAAAUUCCAUCUUGGGCAGUUUAUUUCUCAACCUAUACAUUUUGUAAAGAACUUUUUACCAAAGAAAACGAUAAACAUUCAUUGCUUGAAAAAGAAUCACCUUUAAUUUUCAUGACUUCUGCAAUUAUUGCUGGCGCUGCAACUUCAAUUUGUACAAGUCCAAUUUGGUUAAUUAAAACAAGAUUCAUUACACAAGAAAUGGUUGGAAGACAAAAGAAAUAUAGAGGAAUUGUACAUAGUAUGGUAUCGAUUUAUCAUGAAGAAGGUUUUAGAGGUUUAUAUAAAGGUUUAGGUCCAAGUUUAUUAGGUGUUUUACAUGUUGGUGUUCAAUUCCCAUUAUAUGAAAAAUUUAAAUCAAUUUUAAAAGAAAAAAAUAAAAAUAAAGAAUUAGGAAUUGUUGAAAUUAUGAUAGCAUCAAGUGUAUCAAAAAUUAUAGCGAGUGUUGUUGCAUAUCCUCAUGAAGUUUUAAGAGCAAGAUCUCAAGAUAGUUCACCUGAUUCACCAAAUAGGACUUAUAGAGGUAAUAUCAUUCAAAUGUUUAAACAAAUAGUUAGAGAAGAAGGUUGGCGUGGUCUUUAUAGAGGAAUGGGUGUAAAUUUAUUGCGUGUAACUCCAUCUUGUGUAAUAACCUUUACUUCUUAUGAAUAUAUAAAAAAGUUUUUGUCUCAAAAUCAAAAUCAUUUUUAA